AUGUCGUUGCUCGCCACGGCCACUCCCACCACUUCCUCCCACUUCUCCGCACCCCUCCUCCCCUUCCACAUGCCCCGCAGGAACCUCACCGCCCCAGUCCACCGCAUCCGCCGUUCGCGGCUGGUGACCGUCGUCGCCUCCGUCCCCGACCCCGCGGCGGGGCCUGUGGAAUACACGCCUUGGCUCAUCGCCGGCCUCGGCAACCCAGGCAACAAGUACUACGGCACGCGGCACAAUGUUAGAACCGUUGCCACCCUUGUUCGUUCGUAUUCCCAUUUCCCGCAACUUCGUGCAGGUUCAAUUGGCGAUGUGCCAGUCUUGGUAGUAAAACCGCAAUCAUACAUGAACUACAGUGGAGAGGCAAUUGGACCUCUUGCAGCCUAUUAUCAAGUACCAUUGCGACACAUCCUCUUGAUUUAUGAUGAUAUGAGCCUGCCCAAUGGUGUACUACGGCUUCAAAAGAAAGGCGGUCAUGGUCGCCACAACGGGCUACAGAAUGUGAUUGAGAAUUUGGAUGGUCGCAGAGAAUUUCCUCGUUUAUCUAUAGGCAUUGGUAACCCACCUGGAAAAAUGGAUCCACGAGCUUUCCUUCUGCAGAAGUUCAGUUCAGAGGAACGAGUCCAGGUCGACGCUGCUCUGGAGCAAGGGAUCUACGCUGUGAGAACCCUUGUGCUUAAGGGUUUUAGUGGGAGUACUGAAAGAUUCAACCUUGUGCAGAAGUACAAGUUCCACAGGGUUUGA